AUGAACCGCAAGAACCAGGAAGUUCAAGAUGGAGGUUAUGGAUGGUUUGUUGUAUGUGGAUGUCAUGUGGUGUUGUUUUUCUGUCUGGCAGUCAACGCUUCGGUUGGUCCAUUUUUUGUGCAAUUUCGCAUUUAUUUCAACGUAGGUGCCGGGGAGACGUCUUGGAUAAGUUCAUUGGUGUCUUUCUUCACCCUGACAACAGGUCCAGUAGCCAACAUAGCAGCUAAGAAAUUUGGUUGUCGUUCUGUGGUUUUAUUUGGUGGCGUUCUGUCGUCAGCUGGCUACAUCAUAAGCUCAUUUGCUACCAGCAUUUAUUUUCUUUAUUUCAGUAUUGGAAUAUUAGUAGGUGUCAGCUAUGGAUUGAUAUUCGGCCCUAGCGUAUCAUUUCUAGGUCAGUAUUUUCAAAGACGUCAUGCUAUGGUCAAUGGUAUAGCCUAUUCUGGAGUUGCGUUUGGUAUAAUCGUAUUAUCUCCAUUGUUUCAACGCUUAAUUGAAGUCUAUGGCUGGAGAGGGUCGUUAAUGGUGCUUGGUGGGAUGAACCUUAAUAUUUGCGUCUCUGCGGCGUUAUUCCGACCACCUGCUACAUGUACAGAACAUCAAGAACCAAUAACUACAUACGAGGAGUACGCGAAAUGUGGAUCAAUAAGCCAUCUUUUUGAUUGGUCUUUGUUGUGGACCGAUUGUCGUUUUCGCUUUAUUAUUCCUUAUUGUAUGUUCAUAAUGGGGUUCGGUUACUACGCUAUUAUAGUCCACUUACUGCCACGUGCUGUCGCCGCAGGGAUUGAAAUACACAGUGCCGCUUAUCUAGUAUCUGCGAUGGGUGUGGCGUCAUUGGUGGGACGUUUAACACAUGCAUGGUUGCUGCAUACAGUAUCAGUUGUGACUGGUCUACAGCUGUGUGUAAGUGCAAUGGUGGUUUGUGGUUUAGCAACUCUAAUAGUGUGCUCAGCUACGACCUUUGAACCCAUGAUAAUUUACUGUGUUGUGUUAGGUUUAUCAUCAGGCACUUUCCUUCCUGUCAUUCCGGUGGUAGUACGGGAAAUGCUGGGAAGUGACCAACUCGGUGCUGGAUUUGGUUUAGCGAAUUUUUUCAUGGGUAUUGGUGGUGUUCUUGGUCCUCCAGUCGCGGGAUGGUUGUAUGAUUUCACAGACAACUAUGACAUUUCAUUUUAUCUGGCUGGCAGUUUACUAAUUUCUACCCUGUCUCUACUGUGUAUUGAUUGCCACCUUAGAAGUAAAUGUGAUAAUGAUCAAGAGAAGAAAUCUGUAGAUGUUGAUGUAAAGACACAGAUACAGACACAGAUACCAGUACAUUGAUUGGGA